AUGACGUUCUCUAAGACGGCGGUUGGUAAUGGUCCUGAAGACUUUGUCGUGGGUCUUCCUGGUUCUGUCCUCGAGCAGUUUUUGGUUCACGCGCUGCGGCUCGUUCCCGACUUCUUCUUUACUGCUCUUGGCGUGAAGGUCCUUGUGUCUCUCGGCGACCGGUUUGGGGCUGUCGAAAUAAGAGAGAGGCGAAAAAGGAAAAAGAGUAAUCAAGAUUUGAGAGAGAUAUUCAAGUUUCUUUUCAAUUUUGAAGUAUGUUAUUAUUUUCUUCGACGGUAUGCAAUGAAACGGGAUGUUGUAAUCAUUGUGAUUAUCUUUAUCUUAGUUUUAAUCAUUUUGUCGCGUUCAAGCUCGAUCCAAGCUGCAGGAAGUUUCAUCACCACAAAAAUAAAGCAUAGUUUGAGCGUUGCUCGAGUUAAGAAUCAUCACGAGUUUGUGAUCACGGAGAUGUCAACGUUUAAUAAAUUCAGAGGAAGAUCAUCUAAAUUUAGGAGAAAGAUAGACGGUAACGAAGACGAAGAAGAGAAGCGAAUCAUCCCGGCAGGUCCAAACCCCUUGCACAACAGGUAGUAGGUUAACGAGAGAUGCAAAACAUACUUCGACUGCAUAAUUAGUUCAUUAUAUAUACACAAUAUAUAGUUUUGAUUUUCGACCAAAAAUAGUUUUGAUUUUGAGAUUAAUAUUUUUUU